UUCAUCAAGCCGGGUGCCAUGGCAAUGGUCGAGCACCAGCAACAACGGCCAUCGGUUGCCAAGGUCCUUGCCUUGAUCACGCUCCUGCCAGUGGGCGGGGGACUCCUCGGCCUAUCCGGAGUGACGCUGGCUUUCACUGUGCUCGGUCUUGCUGUCGCCACACCACUGUUCCUGCUGUGUAGCCCAGUGUUGUUGCCGGCGGUGGUGGUGAUCUCGCUGGCGGUGAUGGGGUUCUUGGCUUCAGGGGCCAUGGGGCUGACGGGGUUGUCGUCGCUGUCGUGGAUUUUGGACUGGUUGAAGCGACUGCCAGAACUGAUAGAGCAGGCCAAACGCCGCAUGGGCGAGGCUGCAGGCCACGCGACUCAGCGCGCGAGGGAGGUUGGCCAGUCGGCGCAGUCCAAGGUGCAGGAGUCUGGCCGUUGAUCGGAGUAAUGGGUUCAACUCUUGGAAUAAAUAUAUGAAUAAAUAAAUAAAUAAAUAAAUAAAAAAGUUUCCUUUUUGAGGCUUUUAGAUGAUGUGAGAUUUCUUGGAAUGUGAAUGGUGAUUUUGUUUUUAAUUAA